UUUUGACUCUACAAAAGAGAAACAACGCCGCCAUUACAGGCUCCGUAGACCCACAAAACCAAAAACACUGCACGCCGUGUAGAUCGUUUGCAACGAAGAAUCUAUCACAAUUUACAUAUUUACAAGUCCAUGAAGGUGAAAUUACUGUUUAAGACAGAAGUGACCUUUUUUUUUCAAAGGUUGACAAGCUAUAGGAGAACAUCCCAAGCCACCUUCGGAUACUUCUAUGUUGUCUACGUCACUCAAAUCCCCCUCUUUUUUACCGGCUCAAUCAGUCAGUGGGGCUUUAUAACUGGCAAUAACCAGUAGCAUCACGGCUAGUUUCGCCUACCGCCACAUAUAAAGUGCGCGGCAUCAGGCAGGUCGAAGCACGUUCCUUUCAUGGGUUGAUGUUCACGAAGGUAGAGUAAGUCUGUUCUUGCACGCCCUCGGCGCUUCCUAGGUCUGUUUCUUUCCUUCUAUAAUAUGGUUCUCUAAUCUCUAUGUUAACUCUAUAAAGAGGGUCUUUUUAUUUGUUAUAUGUAAUUUUCUGCAUUUAUCAAUAAUCCCAGUUGGGAGAUUUGCCUAAUUACAGUUCUUGGGGUUAAGGUAUAUUAAGGUUUGCUUCUGUUGAUCGAAUGCAGAUUUUUCUUCUCUUAAAACUGAUAUUGGUGAGAUUCCUUUGAUCAAGAAUUUCAAGAAUGUCUCCAAUUGCUGCCAUCGAUGUUUCUAAUAAUGGAAGUGUUAAAAGCUUGGAGACAACAGGCUCUAUAUUUGAAAUUGAAGAUUCUGAUAUUUUAAAAUUGUUGGAGAGACCUAGACCGAUUAAUAUAGAGAGGAAGAGAUCCUUUGAUGAAAGGUCUUUCAAUAGUGAACUGUCAAUUACCUUAUCACCUCGUCUUAGUUACAGAAACCAUCUUGAGAUUGGGUCUCCGGCAGGAAGAAGGUCUGGUCAUAAUACGCCACUGUCAGGCUGUUAUUUUGAGUUACAUCCUAUGGUGGCUGAAGCGUGGGAAUCAUUGAGGCGUUCCUUGGUUUAUCACCGUGGGCAGCCUGUUGGAACUCUUGCUGCAUUGGACCAUUCUAUGGAAGAACUCAACUAUGAUCAGGUCUUUGUUAGAGAUUUUGUCCCAAGUGCCUUGGCUUUUUUGAUGAACGGGGAGCAUGAAGUAGUCAAGAAUUUUAUCUUGAAAACUCUUCACCUCCAGUCUUGGGAGAAAAGGAUAGAUCAGUUCAAGCUAGGAGAAGGAGUGAUGCCAGCAAGUUUUAAAGUGCUGCAUAAACCUGAGAAGAACAUUGAGACUUUAAUUGCAGACUUUGGUGAGAGUGCAAUAGGAAGAGUUGCUCCUGUUGAUUCUGGAUUUUGGUGGAUUAUAUUGCUUCGUGCAUAUACGAAGUCUACUGGCGAUUCUUCCUUGGCUGAGAGACCAGAUUGCCAAAGGGGUAUGCGCCUUAUCCUGACUUUGUGCCUGUCAGAAGGCUUUGAAACGUUCCCAACUCUGCUCUGUGCCGAUGGAUGCUGUAUGAUUGACCGUAGAAUGGGUGUAUAUGGAUAUCCUAUUGAGAUACAAGCACUCUUCUUUAUGGCUUUAAGGUGUGCUUCGAUUUUACUUAAACAUGAUGAGGAGGGCAAGGAAUUUAUUGAGAGGAUAGUUUCACGCCUCCAUGCUUUAAGCUAUCACAUGCGCAGUUAUUUUUGGCUGGAUCUGAAGCAGCUUAAUGAUAUAUAUCGAUAUAAAACAGAGGAGUACUCUCAUACUGCAGUUAACAAGUUCAAUGUCAUGCCUGACUCUCUUCCAGAUUGGGUGUUUGAUUUCAUGCCUACUCGUGGUGGCUACUUCAUUGGAAAUGUGAGUCCAGCAAGGAUGGACUUCCGAUGGUUCUGCUUGGGUAACUGUGUUGCUAUUUUGUCAUCCCUAGCAACCCCAGAGCAAGCUUCAGCAAUAAUGGAUCUCAUUGAAUCCCGUUGGGAAGAAUUGGUUGGAGAAAUGCCAUUGAAGAUCUGUUAUCCAGCCAUAGAAAAUCAUGAAUGGCGUAUUGUGACUGGCUGUGACCCAAAGAAUACAAGGUGGAGUUACCACAAUGGAGGCUCUUGGCCAGUACUUCUAUGGCUCCUUACAGCAGCCUGUAUCAAAACUGGGCGUCCACAAAUUGCAAGGCGUGCCAUUGAACUCACUGAAACCCGAUUGUCAAAGGACCACUGGCCUGAAUAUUAUGAUGGAAAACUUGGUCGAUUUGUUGGAAAGCAGGCUCGCAAGUUCCAAACAUGGUCGAUUGCAGGGUACCUGGUGGCUAAGAUGAUGCUAGAAGAUCCUUCUCAUCUGGGUAUGAUAUCACUUGAAGAAGACAAGCAAAUGAAGCCCCUGGUGAAAAGAUCUGCUUCAUGGACUUGUUAGCAUUAUGUAAACAUUUAAACAUUAGUUAAAUUUGUUAGAUCUUCAAUUGGACGAUGGAAACUUUAUGUAACCCAUCCGAUAAUAAUAUGUUAUUAUUUUUUAUUAAACAAUUAUUUUUAUGUA